AUGAGCCAAAAAAAAAAAAAGAGAAUGAGGAGGAAGGAUUUGACAACACAAGAAAGAACUUCAAUUCUUCAAACCUUGCUUUUAGAGUGCAAGAAUGGGAAGCCACCAAGAGGCAAGAUGAAAGCUAUGGAGGAGAAGUUCCAUGUCUGCCGGAAGACCAUUUCUCGCAUUUGGGCUGAAGCAAAACAUCAACAACAGCAAGGUCAGUGCAUAAGUUCACAGAGUAAGAAGAUAUGUAGGCCAAGGAGAAGAAGGGUGCACAUAGACCUAGAACUAAUUGCAAGUAUAGAGUUAACAAAGCGAUCAACAAUUAGAAGGCUAGCAAAAGGCAUAAACUGCAGCAAGAGUACUGUUGGGCGUUGGGUAGAUCAAGGGCUGAUCAAAGCACACACUAAUGCAAUAAAACCUGACCUUACAGCAGCAAAUAAGCUGUUAAGGAUGAGGUUUUGCCUCGAGGCAAUGGAGUAUGACCGGCAGCAAGAUGUAUUGAGGUUCAAGACCAUGCAUAACACUAUACAUAUUGAUGAGAAAUGGUUUUACAUAACCAAAAGUUCUCAAAGGUGGUACUUAACUCCAGCAGAGGCUGAGCCACAUAGAGCUUGCAAAAACAAAAAGUUCAUCCAAAAGGUGAUGUUUUCGUGCGCAGUGUGCAGGCCAUUGUUUGCUCAAGAUGGUAGUGUGUUGUUUGAUGGGAAGAUAGGCAUCUUCCCAUAUACAGAGAUGGUGGCAGCCAAGAGAUCAAGUAAAAACAGAGUGGCAGGAACUCUAGAGCAAAAGUCAAUAGAGAGCAUCACAAAGGAUGUUGUUAGAGAGGGGUUCAUCAAGCAGCUUGUACCUGCCAUCAAGGCCAAGUGGCCCUCCUUUUACAGCAAGGAUAUCUUUAUACAACAAGAUAAUGCAAGACCACACAUUAGAAAUGAUGACUUAGAGUUUAGAGAGGUUGCAUCAAGUGAUGGUUUCAAUAUCAACAUAAUUCAUCAACCUCCAAACUCACCCGACACCAAUAUCAAUGACCUUGGUUGGUUUAGGGCAAUUCAAAGCCUACAACAGGAGACUGCAUGCUUCAAUGUGGAUGAUUUAGUAAAAGCAGUGGUAUCUUCUUUUGAAGAACUAGACCCUAUGACUUUGAAUUGUGUUUUUUUAAGCUUACAAGGUUGUAUGCUAGAGACUUUGAAGGUGAAGGGGCAGAAUUGCUACAAAUUACCCCAUAUGAAGAAAGGCUCGUUGAUUAGACAAGAUAGGCUGCCACUAUGUUUGGAUGUUCCACAACAACUUGUGAGUGAAAGCAUAGCACAUUUGGAAGAAAAAGGUGAAGUUGAAGGCAUUGAAGAACUUAAACAGAGAUUGGGAAUUCAUGAAGCAACAUUAGAUGGCAUUGAAUCACAGUUCAAUGCCCUAAUGUUACUUGACUAA